AUGUCGGCCGCUGAAUCUUCUGCUGCUGGAUCUUCCAGUUUCAACCCUAGAUUUACUAAACCUUUCGUUAACAGUGGGAAGAAUGAGAAGGAAUAUCCCGAGCACCCAAUGUCCUUUCAAAAGUCGGCAAGUGCCUCAGAGGAGGUGAAAGAUCGCAUGAAGAUUAAUAUGUCUGAAUUCACACGGCAAAUGGAGAGGGCGAAAGCUGAUGCCAAAGAUGUCGAUAUCUGGCUAGAUCAAAUUUACACCAACCGAAUUCGCGAAUAUCCGACCUAUGAACAACGGGCGCACAAAUUUGCUCAGGAAGGAAUAGCAAGGAUGAUGAAGGAGGAAAGUAGCCAAUGGGAUGUUAAAGAGUGA